UGAAUGGCGAGCUAUGUUGACCGUCCGAAGAAUCCGAGAAGAACUACUGACUGUAAAUUAUGUAAACUGAGCCUGAAGAUCUUCUUCUUCUUCUGGAAACAGUACAGUCCACCGUCUGGUGUAUUGUCGUACUGGAUAGGAAAAUACAAGAAUUGAACCCAAUGAGUUUCUUGGAUGACAUAUCUUCAUUCUCAAAGGUAGCUUUGAAGAGUGUAGAAACCUGUGUGAGACGAGAAGACGGGAGCCGUGUCUUGGAGGCACGUGAUGCAUCAGGAGAGUUUUCCAUUUUAAGAGAUAAGAAACCAGACAGUAGCAGUGGAUCAGACAUGGAGUAUGGCUUUGUUCCAGACUAUGAGCCAGACUUGCAGAUUGUUCAAGUCAGACCUUAUCUGUAUAUGUCAUCAUGUGAUGUAGCAUAUAAUCUUGAUAUCCUGAAGCUCCACAACAUCACUCAUAUCCUCAACGUUGCUAAUCUUAAUAACGUUUAUCCAAAUCAAUUUACGUAUAAGAAUCUACCAAUCUGGGAUCUUCCUGAAGUUAAAAUUACCAAAUUUUUCAAGUAUGCAUUUGAUUUCAUCAACCAAGCUAGAAAUAGCGGGGGUCGUGUAUUAGUUCACUGCAAUGCAGGUAGAUCUCGUUCAACGACCAUUGUGGUAGGUUAUAUCCUGGCAGAUGAGCACGUCCGCAUUAGUAAAACCCUUGAAGAGAUUCGCAUUCACCGUCCUUUUGUCAAACCAAAUGAUGGCUUUAUGCAACAACUGGAAGAAUAUGAGAGGUCUAUUCUUGCUGAGGGUGGGGCUACUGGGGCACCAACAUAACGUUAAUGAUUAGCUGCUGGGGUAGUGUGCUUCCCAGCAGUAAUGGUCUUGGUGUGUGUUGUGUGUAUGGGUUGAUCAGAGCCUGCUAUUUAUUAGAGUUGGACAAUGUAUUGCCUUGAAAUGAGAUUUAUAGAAUCAUUUCAUACUAGAUCAUUUGGUCUUGUACAGGAAGCUAACAACUGAAUGUAAAUGAGGUUUAUGGUCACUUUGAGGUUAGCAAAGAAUAGGAACAAGGAAUAAAAAAAUAGUUUCUUAGGGUCAACACUGAAAAUGGAUUUAAUGAGGUAGAUGUUAUGUGAAAUAGAGUACCUUCUUUCUUGAAUCACUGAUAAACACUAAAUUCUUCUUUCUGAGGUUAUACAUGAAACCUACUAAACCUAACAAUGAAAUUAUUAGGUAGCAUUGAUACAUUUUACAUGUUUCUAGAUAAAUCCUGAGCAGUAAUGUCAAAGUACAAUGACAUAUUUGAAGUAUCAUCUUGCAUGUACGAUAAUAGCUCUAAGGGUGUUCCCAUAAUAGGACGUUUGCUGUGUUAUAAAGCAUAUUAUUUCAUAUCGAACAAACACUUAUUCAAAGAUUGAUAAUGAGUGCCAAUCAUAUUGAGAUAUUUCAACCUUUGAUCACUCAUGAAAAAGUGUCUGUUUGGAAAAGAUGUUUUGAUAAAACAUGCUUCCAGGGCAAUAAACUUGAGAGAUACAUGUAUACCAUCAAUCACAACUUAGCACCAAAUGCAUGCUUUUAAUUGCUCAUAAAUCAUGUUGCUUUUGGUUGCCAUAAAGACAGCAAUUUGCUGUGGGCUGUCACAAAUCUUUAGCCAGCAUAGGCCAACGUACAGGCUGCUUAUAUGCCAACAUACGUAUGAUGAGCUGUUUGUAUUCCAUCAUAUGUAUGACAAGCUAUUUUAUCUCUCAUUCUUCUUUCAUGAUGUCAAGAAUUCCACUCUUCAUCAAGAGAUCUUUUUUUUGUUGCUAACAAUUGCUGAUUCUUGAUGUUAAGAUUUGAAUUCUUGAUUUUAAUAUUUCCAAACUUGUUUUAUCAAGAAUUUUUUUUUUAUAGAAUUUUAUGAAAUGAAAUUCUUGAUAUAGAGAAAUUUUCUUGAUACCAUGAAUGUAUUCUUAAUAAAAAGAAACAAGAUUACAGUCAAUGGCUUGUCUACCUCUAGCUAAAUCAUACAGGUAUGACGGCUCUUUCCAAAUAAGGCCAUAUAUACUGUUGUGUAUUCAACCAUUCUCAAUGAAUAGCAGGCUCUAAGAAGUAGAUAAGCUAAGAGUAAUAUAUUAUCUUGAUCAUUUUACCUUGCAUGCUCUUCCUUUCAAUCAGGUUUUUGUUUGUGAUUUCAUGUUCGUGUUUGUUACAUUGUGUUUAUGUGCCCUCCCCCAUCAUGAGAGACCUACUCUCCCCUCAUGUAUAGUAUGAGGGAGAAUUGAAUAUUCAGCUUCACAAUGAAUUCCAUGCACAGAAAAGGAAUAAGGAUUAGUCAACAAGAUUACUUACAUAGAACCCAUUAAUCCAGUUUUCUCUUUAUAAGUGAUUCAAAACCUCAGUUGAACACUACAGUUAUCUUGAAAUUGUUUCAUCAAAAUGUUUACCUUUUAUUUACCUUUAUUUUGAUUGGCUGAGGAACUAAUUUUGUAACUAUCACAUAAAACAUACUUUGUCAGUUGAAAUAACAGCUCUCAUUAACCCAUUUCUGCUAGUUUUAAUCAUUUGAUCCUAAUUGCGCUUGGAAUUCAUUGUUAAAUAUUUUUCUGGUUGUUUUUUUUUUAAAUUCUGAUCCACAGUGUGUGCUAUGUAAGUUGUUGACCUGCAAUGCAAAGUAUGUUUCCAUGAUACAAAGCAUUAGUGGCCAGGUACAAUAGCUUCAUCAUUGUGUAUCUUUGAUGUCUCCUAGCAAUGGAUGAAGGGGGCAUUACUUCAUUAUUUUUUUCUUGCCAUCAAAAUAAAUCAACAAGGAUUUAAUCCCCCCCAUACUUCAUAUAUUGAAUCAUGUUCCUUAAUGUUAGCCAUGUACUAGAAGAGUGAUAGCAUGAAGAGUGUGUGUGUCUAGUGAUAUUAUGCUAUGAUUUAACAAGAAGCUCUUCAUUUUACACUUCAUGACCUUGUCAUAUAAGUUUAUUUUUUUGUAUUUUAUUACUCAGUCUAUCAUUCAGUUUUCCAAUGGCUGUUCAUGACAUUUUUCUUUCAAAACUUUGCUUUGUUUAAAUUUCUCAUUUUUAUUUCAAGUGGAAGACCAUCCUAAUUUUGAAUUGGUUUAAAUGAACGCAGAUACAUUAUGUAAAAAUAUUAUAAUAAUAUGAAAAUAUUGACAACCAUCAAAAUUUAUCGCUAAUCAUUAAAUGCUAGAGUGAUGAAUAUGAUCAGCCCCCACUCCUACCCAUGAUAUGAAAUAUAAACUCUAAAAAGUACCCCGUCCUUUUAUAUUAUUUCAUAGUGUGUAUGAAAAGAUUUGAUCAAGAAAACAUGAACUUUUUAAACUUUCUAAGAAAAUUAUAUUUUUGUAUUUACAUGGCAUACAUGUAUCGUGUAGCUACUCACACAUGACAAAAUUUCACUGUUAUUAAUUGAUUAAUAAAGUUUCUCCCAGUUGUCUUUUUUACUACACCUGGGUGAACCUUUAUAUGUAAACCAGUAACAACGAUCCUACAAAGAUUGAUUUCAUUGCUAUGAAAAUUUAAAGAAGUAAUUUUUUAAAUGAUGUCUGAUAUUAUGAGAGUGAUGAAUUCAAUAGAGCAGUUAACAUACAAAUAGUUUCUAGACAGUGUUACAUGUAAAAAUUUGAUCAAGAUAUAUGAAACAUGGACAUUCACACAAACUAAAAUAAAGUGUAAUAUAAUAAGAACCAUAAUCUGUUAUGGUUUCAAUUUCAUGAAUUCAUUUGGACUUCCUGCAUUUCUGGUACUAAGAUGAGCAAUGUGUGAGAUUUUAGUCUUGGAAAUAAUACCUGGGCUCCAUUCAUUGAGUAUAUUGGAUAAUGAAAGAAGUAAACUUACACUUAACAAUUUGAAUUUGUCAAGCUUGUUAUCAUCCUCUGUUUUUAUUUCUGUUGUAAGGUUAAACAAGUGUUUUUGUUAAAUUUAGAACAUGUUUGUAAAGUUCAAUUUUGGAGGCAAGUUGACGAUAUCAGGCAAAUGGUAAAACACAUUUACUGAUGUAUUCUGAAUCUAAAGUUUGUGAAUCUCAAAAAGAAAUCUAACCACUCCAUCAUUGCCUAUUAUUUAGAUUUCAAGUAUUGAUACAUGAUUCACAUUUCUUCUCUUUCAAUUUUCAAUGGGGCAUUCCACACAAAAGAGUUUAAUGGAAGGUAAUGGAAUUUUAUGGUGUCUGUUUUUUAAGAUUUUAAAACUACUUAGUGUUCAGGGCAGAUAUGUGAAUCAAAGAGCUGAAGUAUCUAGCAAGUUUUGUUUCAUUUAUUGUAUAAUAUGCAAAGAAAGCCAACGUAAGCCAAAACCAACAUGUAAACCAUAAUCUUAAUCCUUACAUAUUCCUGUCACAGCCCUGCUGAUGUCUUCAGAUGAAUCAAGGCAGGUUGAAUCAAAUGUUUGGUUACUCUCAGUUAAUUUCAAUUAUUUCCUCCUUUUUUUUUUUUUAGUAAUGCUCUUGAAUUUGACACUGAUGGUUUGUCAGGGAUUUGGAAUUGGCUUUCAGCUAUUUUAAUAGCUUUUCCCCAUAUUUCUUCUGUUCAAAAGUAUACAACCUUAUUCAAUUUCUAUCUUUGUUCAGCUCUUUAUGAUCAGACACAGCCCUGUAUUUAGAUGAAGAUGUGCAUUUACUUUGAUGAUCAUGUCUGUGGAGAUUAUGUAGGGGUAGCCAUUAUCAAUAUGUUUUUUGUUUGAAUUUGAACUUUCGAAAGCACAAGAUAAGAAUACUGUUCAGCCAAUCAGCAAUCAUGGAUCAAUUCUAUUUCACUCCCCACAUACUUUCAUGUGAAUACAUCAUGCUGCUAAUGAUUUAUUUUAUUAAUGUAAAUAUGUAAUACAUUGACUUCAUAUGUACUCAUGUAUCACAUUAUGCUGCAUAUCAUGUAUGAUUAAACCCGCUUCUGUGAUGAAUUCAUUUUGUACAAUUUCACAACCUUGAGGAGUAAUCUACAUCAAUUAUAAAAAGAGUAGGUCCAUGGUAGGAGGCACUCUUGCAGAUCUCCAUUGUAUAUGUUCCACAUGUUUAAUACUGUAUCUUCAUCAGCUGGUUGAUGCCAGAUAGAAUGAAGUAAAAGCCUGGUCAGAAUCAGUUGAUAGACCAUCCACAGUAUAAGAUACAUCGCCCCCAGUAAAGCACUGUUUUUUUUCUUCGAACAAUCCAAUCUUUGUACAGCCCGAUGUAGAGGUCUAUUGUGUUGUCAUUUUGUCCAUAUUUUAAAUCAAUUCAACAAUGAAUAACUAGCAAUGCAAAUACAUAGGAGCAAGUUGAUUUGUUUUUUAUUAAUAUAUAUUAUUUUGAAUUGACCUCUUAGUUGCGCUUGAUCAAUGCAACACUAUUCUAUUUUCAUUAUUGAUUUGUUUGGAAGGAUUUUACAAUAAAUUGCU